AUGAGACGCCAGUUUUUCUUGUUCUUUACUACUUUCUUUCUCUUUCUGGCGUUUUCCUCUGCGAGAACGCUGGAAAAGGAUGUUAACCAGCGAGUCACCGCCGGUUCACUCCAGCAAGUGACCAGCUUUGGAAGCAAUCCUUCUGGGACUCUUAUGUACAUCUAUGUCCCUAAGAAACUGUCUGCUAAGCCCGGCAUUGUCGUCGCGAUCCACUAUUGCACUGGCACAGCCCAGGCAUACUACACCGGAUCACCCUAUGCCCAGCUAGCUGAGCAGUAUGGCUUCAUUGUCAUAUAUCCUCAGAGCCCCUAUAGCGGGACCUGUUGGGACGUCAGCUCACAAGCCAGUUUGACCCACAAUGGCGGUGGAGACAGCAACUCAAUCGCCAAUAUGGUGACUUGGACCAUCAGUCAAUACGACGCAGAUACCAGCAAAGUAUUUGUGACGGGAUCCAGCUCUGGGGCCAUGAUGACAAAUGUCAUGGCAGCCACGUACCCAGAACUCUUCAAGGCAGCGACAGUCUACUCCGGCGUUGGUGCCGGCUGCUUCUACUCCGCCAGCAACCAAGUCGAUGCGUGGAACAGUAGCUGUGCCGAAGGCCAUGUCAUCAGCAACCCUAGCGUCUGGGCCGGAAUAGCGGAGUCCAUGUAUUCUGGAUACUCUGGGCCGCGGCCCCGGAUGCAGAUCUAUCACGGCAGUGCCGAUACGACUCUCUACCCACAAAAUUACCAUGAGACCUGUAAGCAGUGGGCAGGUGUCUUCGGUUACAACUAUGAUGCUCCCCAGUCAACGUUCGCAAACACCCCACAGGCUAAUUACCAGACCACCAAUUGGGGCCCUAAUCUCCAGGGAAUCUUCGCGACGGGCGUCGGCCAUACAGUCCCCAUCCACGGAGCGCAGGAUAUGGAAUGGUUUGGCUUCUAG